AUGGCUCGCUCUCCAUUGCCUAUCAUCGUCGCAGGUGCUCUCUGCUUUCUAGCACUAUGCACCUUGAACAUCCUUAACAAGCUCGACCUCGGACCGGAUGUGGCCUAUAUCUGGAACACAGAGUCGUGGAAAUAUGCAACUUCUUUCUGGCAGGACCGAAAGCAUGGCGAUGAGUAUCUUCUGGGUGUUGGCAAGGGCGAUAUCACUGGGCCUGUGGCUGAGAUCAACUUCAUGGGCUAUGCCGACCCGGCACAAUUAGGAACCGGCUUGAGGCAGCGACUGUACUCACGCGCAUUCAUCGUGGGAGACAUUGAAGAAGCAAAGGAUCGCUUCGUGUAUCUUGUCCUCGACACCCAGUCUGGAGAUACUGCGGUACGGCACGGCAUUCUUGAGGCCCUCAGUCAAAUGGGCGACGAGUAUGCCCUGUAUGGGCAGCACAAUGUUGCUGUAACUGGCACGCACUCGCAUAGUGGUCCAGGUGCAUGGUUGAACUAUCUGCUGCCGCAAAUCACGAGCAAGGGAUUCAAUAAGCCGUCUUAUCAAGCCGUUGUGGAUGGAGCUGUUGCCUCGAUACGGCAGGCUCACGAACGACGAGCGCCUGGCCACUUGAGCGUUGGCAACAUCGACAUACUGGAUGCCAAUAUCAACAGAAGUCCUUGGGCAUAUCUUCAGAAUCCGUCUGAUGAGCGAAGCAGAUACGAGCACGAUGUCGACAAGACACUGACGGCAUUGCGCUUCACACGCACUGGAUCAUCUGGCGAAGAGGACAUCGGUGUCCUUACAUGGUUUGCAGUUCACGGGACGAGUAUGCACGGCAACAACACCUUGGUCACUGGUGACAACAAGGGCGUGGCCGCUGUGCUGUUCGAGAAGUCCACGGGCGAAUCCUCGUUCGUCGCAGGCUUCAGCCAAGCCAAUGUAGGCGAUACUUCACCCAAUGUGCUUGGUGCUUUUUGCGAGUCUGGGGAGCAAGCUGGCGAGGGGUGUGACUUCAAGACCAGUCUAUGCGGUAACAAGACUCAGCCAUGUCAUGCUCGCGGUCCGUUCUUUGGACGCAAUGACGCCGGCACAGCAUCGAAUUAUGAGAUUGGCAGUCGACAGUUCGAAGGCGCAAGGAAGCUGUUUGACGAUCAGGCUGCCUUUACGCCAGUUCGCGGCAAGGUUGUGAGAAGCUUCCAUCAAUUCGUCGACAUGAGCAAUCACCACUUCUCGCUGCCUAACGGCACCCACGUCAGCACCUGUCCAGCAGCAAUGGGUUUCUCAUUCGCUGCAGGUACCUCUGAUGGUCCUGGCGCCUUUGAUUUCAAGCAAGGACAGCCUGGCGAUCCUCAUGCCAAUCCUCUAUGGAAGCUGGUGGGGAACAGAAUCGCUAAAGCCAAUGACACCCAAAAGGCUUGCCAUCGUGAGAAGCCGAUCUUGCUGGACGUUGGUGAAAGCAGCACACCCUAUGACUGGACGCCAAACAUUGUCGACCUGCAAGUUUUGCGUGUUGGUCAGAUGUUCAUCAUUGUAUCUCCAGGCGAAGCAACCACCAUGGCAGGCCGAAGGUGGCGAGAGGCAGUGGGUGCAUCAGCUGUGUCCACAUUUGACGAUGUUGAUGCCGGCGGUAGCAAACCCAUCGUAGUCCUGGGCGGACCAGCCAACACAUAUACGCACUACAUCACCACGCCAGAGGAGUACUCAGUCCAACGCUACGAGGGAGCUUCAACUCUAUACGGCCCGUGGACGCUGGAUGCGUACAUCAAUUUGACCCUGAAAUACCUUCCACGCCUCAGCACGUCAAGUAAGGACUGGCCACAUUUUCCGACUGGACCAAAUCCACCUAUUCACACGAACAAGAGUCUGAGCUUCAUCACGCCUGUUGUUGUCGAUCGAGCAGGCUUCUUCAAGAACUUCGGUGAUGUCAUCACAAAUGUUGAUGAAGUACCUUACCAUGCUGGGGACACUAUUUCGGCGAGGUUUAUCGGCGCCAAUCCGCGCAAUGACUUCCGCUUAGGAAAGACAUUCGCAGCCGUGGAAAAGGAGAACGAAGAUUCCGCUAGCUGGGAGCAGGUCUGUAGCGAUGAAGACUGGAGUCUUGUGUAUGAAUGGAAACGAACCUCGACUACGCUUGGUACGAGUGAGGUCACGAUAUCAUGGGAAACGAAGUGGGAGACUGGUGCUUGGAGAGGGGAUGACUCGGAGGACUCCAGCGGAGUACAUACUGACCUGUUGGUUAGAGACAGUCCCUUGAAGGGGAGGUACAGGCUACGAUAUUAUGGCGACUACAAGUCUUUGGGAGGUGGCAUUACGCCAUUUGAGGGCACGAGUGGCGUCUUUACGAUCGAGUAG